CGGCUUUCGACACUAUCGUUUGGAUCAGCGCGGCAGGCGAAGCGAUGGACGCCAGGUUCGGUGGUAUUGAUGUACCUAACGCGGCUCUGCCGGAUUGGUUUCAGGAUGGUGAAGAUGACGGAAAGGAGGGACUGAAUGGCGAGUUGCGACUGAGGGCGACUGAAGCGUUCUACAAGCUCUUUAGAACGCCCUGGUGUCAAGCAAUCCAACAGUCUUGAACCGCUCAUGGGCCGACGGGGAGAAGGGGCCAAGUUGGAGGGCCUCCCGUCGUGGGUGAUAGACUGGUCGCAAGACAGAUGGUCGGAUGGCUUCUUCUACUUCGAUACGGAAGAACACAAGGUACCUGUCCAAGUGCCAGAAGCCGAUUAUUGGGCCCAUAAGCCACUCUACUAUCACUACUGCGCUGAUGGGCCUGUUAUGGUGGGGGGCGGUCCGAGGCUUUUGGACGAAAGUGGACGGGUACUUGGAUUGGACGGGUUCUUGGUUGACAGGAUCGCGGUGGUGGAGCAGCGCGAAGUUCUGGGGAGACAAAGGGUUCCGGACGACCAGGUUCUGGCAGCGAGCGCUGCGCGAUAUGGGGAGCUUAUGGGGCGAUGCCAUGAAUAUUUCUCGUCGGCAAGUGAGGAAUCACGCAGGCGGUGGUUGAGUGGUCGCUGGAUGCAGGAGUAUCUCGGCGUGGUGACGGGCAAGCUUGACGCAGCAAACCCAGGCCAAACCUGUCCCUUUGACGGGGACGAGGGCAGCUGGGCGUCCACAUAUCUCCAACACCAUGUUUUGUUCGUCACCGAAGGAGCCAAGGCCGGGUUCGGGCCCGUGACGUCUGAGCCUGGCGAUGAAGUCUGGAUUCUCGAAUUGUGCAGACUCCCAGUUGUGCUUAAGCAUUUGAAGUCCGAGGAUCAGGAAGGCGAAGGGCCAAACCGGCACCAUGUUACUUGGGUGGGCGACUGUUGCGUGAACGGUAUCAUGAUGGGACAGGCUGUCAAGGGGAAAGAAGAUGCUUGGGUUGAGGUUGCCGUGCACUAACAAGAGAAACCUCCAAUUUCAUCAUGUUAUUGCCCACCCGCAUACAUGGAAGGAAGGAUGAAGGAAGGAAGGAAGGAAGGAAGGAAGGAAUAUCUGCUGUUGGACUUUUUGUGGUCGGUUGUCGCCCCGAUUGGCUGGC